AUAUCCUCAAUUUCAGAAGUAUUCUCAUUAAUUGCCUUGGCUAGUUUAUCAAAUGCUGAGAAAUGUAGCUGGCAUAUCAUUUAUUUUCAGGCCCAAUUUGUGGAUUAUAGAGAACUUAAGGGUUUUACAGAAAAAGUUAUAGAAUUAGUUGAGAAACUUUAUUUGAAAUUUAUUGAUAUUGAAGAAAAGCCAGCAGAAGAGGAAUUUAAACCUAUCAAUGGUGAUGAUGCUUUAGUUAAAGAAGCUAAUUUAGCUAUUGCAGAAUAUGGAUUACCUAAGGCUCUAUCAACUCUGCAUCAAUUUUCUGAAUUACUUGGAAAAAGUAUUAAUGUAAAAGAGAUAGAGGAUGCCUUAGAUACUUUUCCAGAUUUUUUAAGUGAAGAUAGUGCUAAUUUACCUUGUACUAUAUGGGUUUCAUAUCAUAAAACCCUUAGCAAUGAAUCUGAAGCUAAACUUAAAGAAUUAGAAAAAUUCAAUUUCAGAAUAGGACAAUAUCAGAAUAUU